AUGCCUAAGUUUAUAUCUGAAGUAGAUGUGGAAGCAAGAAAAAAGAUUCAAGAGGCUGAGGGUAUAGUUGAAGCCCCUUAUGAUGCCAGGUCUCUUUAUGAAAGAUUACAAGCUGAGAAAGAUAGAAAGCAGGAAGAGUAUGAAGCCACUAAUGCUCUAAAAAAUCGAAUCCAUCGUUUGGAUGAAGAUGAAGUUGAAUACCUCCAAACACUUGCUACCAAACAGUACAAAGCUGAUUUGGAGAAAGAAAAGGAAGUAGCUGAGUUGGCAAACAGAUCGGGCUAUAUCCCCACCACAAGCGUUAUAAUUGAUCCCACUUCAAAACCAUUUUAUAAUAAAGGAGGAUCAAGCCAACGUGCUCUUCUUGCUAAUGCUGUUAAACGCAAUUCUGGCAGCUUGGAUAUGUCAGGUCCACAAUCGAAGCGGUCAAAUAUAAGAACAACAUCUUCUAACGAAAUGUGUCCUGGGCAACAUGAAAAUACGGUAAAGACAAAAACAGAUGAUCCAAUUGUUUCUAAAUUGCUGAAUGGUUCUGUCUUGCAACCUGUCGCUGUGCUGCCUGGAUUAAAUGAAUAUUCAACCUCAGAUUCCGACCAGUCAACAGAUUCGGAUGAUGACGAAUCAACUGAUGUUGAAGAUGCUGUUUGUACAUUACAGCAAAUAGCUUGUACAAGAAUACGAUAUGCUAAAACUGAUGGUACCGUGGAUAAUGACUAA